AUGAUCAACACUACUGAAGCCGGUGAUAGCAAUGUAACAGAAGAGCAGGCCGCUGCAGCCACACUUCGGGAAUUAUUUCUGAAAGCAAUCGGGGAACUUAAUGGCAAACCCUGCAGUAUACUGACGUAUGAGAAGACAACACUGAAUGCUGUAUUUGCGGCGUGGCAUCCAGAUGGCUCAGAGAUCAUUGUCCGUAACCUGCAAACGCCUGCCUGCUUCACAAUGUCUACAGCCCUGCUCCGAACUCCAGAUGUAUUAGCUAUUAAAUUUGAUCAACCUGUUAAACUACCAUAA